CUUCUUUGAUCAGUCUUGUAGCUUGUGCUUCUAUAUUAUGGAAGUCUUCACAAGCAGCUCCAACCUCCAAAGAAUACUUUUGAAAGAAAGAAACAAGAAUUAUUAGCUUCUCAAAGUGCAUCAGCUGUGGAAGGAGAAACUAAUUUAGCUGGUCAACAUUCUCAAUUAACAGAAAUGGAUAUCUGGGUGCAAGCUGUUGGUGGAAAGAAAAAAGGAAGAGUUAAAGGUCUUGGCUCCCUGGGUCGAUCUAUAAAGACGUCGUCUAAACAAUCAACAUCAGCUUUAUCGAGAGAAAUUGAUGAGAUAAUUAAAGCUCAGGUAAAUGCUUCCAAUGCUGACUUAUAUGCUCAACUGCAGAAAGAGCGUCACAAGAAUAAGAGGAUGAGGAGGGAAUUGGACUUAUUGAAGAAGCACGUAUACAACGCAUCAUCUUCAAAUGAGCAAUCAUCUCAAGAAGACAAUCAAGCUUAUGAGAAUGAAAGUGGUGAUGACUUUGAUAGCGUGAAUGAUAGUGGUUCUGCCCAUGAUAACGUGAAUGACAAUGGUUCUGCCCAUUAUAACGCAUCAUCUUCAAAUGGGGAUUAAAAUAGUUGAUAGUACUAUUUAGGAUUCAAAUUUGAGUUGUAUUUUGUUUUUGUAUGUUUAAGAAUCAUAAACUAUUGAUCUUGC